CUUCCCCUCGGCCAUGGUGGUCGCCACACGCGCUUGCUGACCACUCUGCAACAACACCCGCUUAUUCUUUCGACACGCUCGAACCCGAGCUGUCGCCGCCCGCUGGCCAUGAGGGACUCGUUCUCCUCGCUGCUGGCGUCGCGCGCCGGCAAGCUCGCCCUCUCGCUGCUCCUGGCUUCACCAGACCUAAUAUCGCACACGACCGCUUUCACUUUCAACCCCGUACCCGCCCCUAAUAUCGACAUCGCGCGACUAGGCCGCGUUGCCCUCGCCGGCGACUUCGACGCGAUAUCGCUCUACCAAUACGAAGGACAGAACCAGGACGCCGCGACCAAUGGCCUCUACUCACGCUUUCCAAACGGCCUGUUUGCGAAAAUACAAAAGACCGAUGGUGAAGUCAGGGCCAUGUGCCACUACAAGGGCGGCAAUGCAGACGCCAUCGUAGUAGGCGGCAACUUCACCAGUGUUGAUGGCCAAUCUACCCCAGGCGGCAUUGCGCUCAUCGACACCAAUACCGGAGACGUGACGGCCACGACCGGAUUGACCGGGCAGGUCAAUGCUCUACUUUGCGACGACGAGCGCCAACAAGUCUAUGUUGGAGGCUCUAUCGAUGGCGGCGCCAACUAUAGCAAUGCUAUAAUCUGGAAGGCAGAUAACAGUUGGUCGGUUCUACCAUUCAAAGGCUUUGAUGGCAUUGUGCAUUCAAUCGUUGAUGGCCCAAACGACACCGUUAUCUUUGGUGGACAGUUCCAGAACCUGAAAGGCGUCAAUCUGACCGGGAAUGGCACCGCAGAAAACAACACCCAAUCUUUGCCUAUCGGAUCUGCCACUAUAACGGCCCAGACGAGCUCAGGACUUCAAGGCUUCACGGACCCCAAGGUCAUCGUUUGCAAGAACGACACCAGAACACAAGGUUCCGACUCUACAUGGCUUCUGGCAGACAACAGUCCUGGUUUCUGGAAAGCCGAUUUUGGCUUCGGAUUUCAGCCUACACAACUUCAAUUGCACAACACCGAUUUUGAGGGUCGCGGUACCAAGGAAUUCCGCUUUACGGCUCUACCAGACGGUGGCAUCAUGAAUUUGACCUACAACGAUCCUAGCUCUGGAGAGCGGAAGUUCUGCGAUGCCAGAUGUCCCUUGCCACAGGGCAACACAAGUGCUCAAGUAUUCGACUUCGUCAACGUGGUAGGCAUGAACUCGUUUCGGAUUGACAUUUCCGAUUGGUAUGGCAAUGGCGGAGGUCUGAAUGGGAUCGAACUAUUUCAGACUGAAAUCUACGCUUAUGCCAUUCAAGAGUUCAACGCGCCGAAAUGCGGAGGUGCCACCAGUGGUGGCCAAGCCACCGCUGUGGGCGAGUGGCAGUCUACCCCUUCGCAUGACAGUACUUCGAAGUACCUUACUGCGACUCUCGACACAGCUAAUUACUCACCAAACUCAACCUACGUUGUCUUCCGACCGGAUGUUCCGCAGUCUGGCAACUACACGAUCAAGAUGUACACUCCUGGCUGCCAGGGUGACGGAACUUGCGGCACUCGUGGGAGGGUCAACAUCACUGGCUUCAUGGAAACCGGCGCUCGCCCAUCCAGCACCGUAAUCGCCCAAACAAAUGAUUUCGACAAGUACGACGAAAUCUACAAUGGCCAUGUCGACGUUACCAAUGGCUUCCGGCCCGAAGUCACGUUGGCUCCUGUUGCUGGUCAGAAUCCUGGAACUAAUGUGUUGACUGUCGUCGCUCAACGAGUGCGCUUCGAGAUCCGCACGGCACAGGAUAAUGGCACUGAACUAAACGGUCUCUUCGAGUACAAUCCCAAGGAACAAAUUACCAGUACAAACUUCACUGCUUCGACCAUCGACAAAGCUGGUUCGAGUCUCAAUCCGCAAAGCACGGCUAUUGUCAAUGCUUUAGUGACACAGGGUAGGCGACUAUACGUCGGCGGGAACUUCACAAAUGGGGACGGACUGAACUACAUCUUUGCCGUAGAUGAUGGUGGCCCUACAGCGCUCAGCGGUAAAGGCCUCAACGACCAAGUGGUCACCAUCUACCCGGGCGGAUCCACGCUUUAUGUCGGUGGCAACUUCACCAACACCCAAGACAAUAGCAAUGGCAACCUAGGUCGAGUUGCUGCUUAUUCUGACGACAAGUGGCAGGCUCUUGGUGCUGGUGUUGACGGCAUUGUCACAUCCAUCGUUCCCAUUUCCAACGUUACGGGUAACGCGACCGAGGAUGUUCUUGCCAUCACCGGUGAUUUCGACAAUGUUCGCGCGUUCGGCAACAACCCAUCUUUUGCCGCGGACGGAUUCGCUAUAUGGGUACCAUCUCAGAACAACUGGUUGCAGAACCUGGACCUUUCAACCAUGGCAAUCUCAGGCAGUAUUACAGCAUUUGUUGGAUUGAACGAAACUGACCGGUUCUAUGCCGGCCAAAUCUCCUCGCAAGGACUGGGUGCAAGCGGCGCCGCCAUCCUGAACAGCAACAGCACUUUGAGCAGCCUUGGAAUUGAUAUCAACCUCCAGCCAAAGCAACAAGCGUCGUUACGCAAGCGAGCUUUAACCGCGGGCCAGAAUGUGAACAACACUGGAAUCUCCACUGCUCUGUUCCACAAGAACGGCAACACCAUCGACAAGACGAUUCUCGCCGGUCACUUUGCGGCGACGGACAAAGACGGCAAGAACAUUACCAAUGUUGUCAUCAUCGACAGCAACAAUGAAAUCACGGGCUUUGGUGAUGAGGUGGACUCAAAUUCGACCUUUAGGGCACUCGGUCUGCUCGGCGACGUUCUCUUCGCUGGUGGCAUGGUCACUGGUCAGGUCGGAAACGACCCAGUCGCUGGAGUCGUAGCAUACGAUCUUGCCAGUAAGAAGUUCCAAGAUAGCCAGCCACCUGCGCUCCAAGGCACCAACGUUACCGUCAACGUCAUCGCCGCCAGGCGCAACUCUCAAGACGUCUACGUUGGAGGUCAGUUUGAUUCGGCUGGAGCGCUGAGCUGCCCAGCUCUCUGCGUUUGGGACAACGGCAGCAAGCAAUGGAAUACUCCUGGCGCAGAUAUCUCUGGCGUGGUAACGAAUCUGCUCUGGGUCUCCGAUACCAAGGCACUGGUCGCAGGCAACCUCACCCUUGGCAGCAACAACAGAACCAAGAUCUUUACGUACGACUCCACCAACAGUCAAUUCCAGGAAGUUUUAGGAGCUGGCGAUCUGCCUGGAACUGUGGAGACUCUUUGUCCUGCCAACGUGGAUGGGUCUCAGAUGUGGGCUGCCGGUAAAUCGAGUGAUGGCAAGACAUAUCUGCGACGUUUCGAUGGGAGCAAAUGGGUCGCCGUGGACGACAAAUUGCUGGGUUCCGGUACCAACAUCCAAGGCCUACAGGCUCUACCUUUGACCCAGGACCACCAGAAGUCCGACCUAAUCGAUCAGAACCAAGAUUUAUUGAUCUUGGGUCAAGUAAACAUCACAGGCUUUGGUGUCGCUUCUGCCGCACUCUUCAACGGUACCACCCUGACCCCCUUCCUUCUCGCUUCUGCAAAUGGAGGCGCGUCAGGCAGUCUGUCGAAGGUAGUGGCAGAACACGAAGAUUUCUUCCAAGGAGGAGGCAAACAUCUGGCUCUUGGUUUCAUCGUCCUCAUUGCGCUUGCUAUCGCGCUUGCGCUCACUUUCUUGCUGGUGGUGGCCGGCAUCCUCAUCGAAUGGUACCGCAAGAGGGCAGCUGGCUAUUCCCCGGCCCCCACCUCGUUCACGGAUCGCGUUGGCAAUCAAAGUCGGAUUCCGCCUCAAGAGCUUUUUGGCACCCUUCGAGGACCCCAGGCACCCACGGUCUGAAUGGCCCUCGCCCAAUAUGCAGCGCGAUGAAAGUACAUCGGAAAAUGUAUUGGCACCGAACGUCAAUCCUAUCGCAACGUCGACAGUCAUCAACAAAUGGAUGUCCACAUAUCACU